AAUUUCAAGAAAUUUUUAAUAAAUGGAUGCUGAAGACCAACAAUUUGUUUUGCAACAAGAUGAGGACGAGAUAUCUACAAUAUCUGAUGGCAACUCGACACUUUGCACCAUGUGUGUUGAAGAACCCGAUUCAACGGCUGUUUCAUAUUGUGAUGAAUGUCAAGAAAACUUGUGUGAAAUGUGUGCAUUUUUUCAUGGGAGGCAAAAAACAACUCAAAAUCAUCAGCUAACAGGCAUUGAAAAUUCAAGAACAUUGGAAAUAAGAUAUCUUCUGCCAGAUCUAGAAGGUGAAAAAAUGGAUAAUGGUAAGAUGGAUGAUUUACUUGUAAAACACAUCUCCGAAGAAAUGGAUUUUAAAGGACUGUUGUUUGAUCGUCUGUUACAACGGUGUGAUGAUGUAAAAAUGGAAACAAAUCUUCAUUCUCAGGACAUUUCAACUGAAAUUAAUUCUCAUUUUGACAAAUACAUUGAAUCUUUGGAGAAACACAGGACUGAACUUCUGAAGCAGACGAGAGAAAUGUCUAUGAAGCACACAGAAUUUAUUGCAAGUCAACAAUUGGUUCUCUCGAGCUUACAAGAAAAUGUUGAAGAAGUUAAGAAAAUACUGAAAACAAUGACCCCGGGGGUAGAUGAGAACAGUGGGGACUGGAAUAGAUUGUCCAAGCUUCUGAUGACAAUACGACAAGCCAAAGUUCACGUGACAUCUCUAGAAACAAAAUUCUGUCCGGAGGCUGAUGGUCCCAUCAUUGGCCAAUACCAGUUCUACGGCCAAAUAUUCAGCGGACACUUGUGUCCAGCGAAAUGCUACUUAGACUAUUCUGGGUUAGAGACGGCAAGGGUCAGACAGAAAGCAUUAGCCAUACUUCAUACUUUACAACAGGAAGGAAAAUUGUUUCCCUGCCAGGCGAAAGUCCGGGUUAAAAUAAUAGAACCAUCAGGAUCUGUUUGUAAACCAAAAGAAGUAAGAAACAACAUGGAUGGAACUUGGACGAUAGAGCUUUUACCAUACGAAACUGGAAAACAUGUGCUCUACAUCACAGUUGAUGGAAAGCCCAUUAAAACAAAAUCUGUGGUUUUCCACGUGAAGCACAGUUGGCGAGAACACAUCGGCAGAUGGCAUUGUUGUUCCGUCUGCUCCGGAGACAUGAAGAAUGAUGAACCGUGUACAUACGGAUCUUCUUUAACAGGCGAUUACUGUUGCAGUCAUGAUUCUAUCAUCCACCCUGGGGGUCCACAUUGGACAUGCUGUGGUAAACUGACGAAACACUCCGAAUGUGAUACACGUACCCGGAGAAAAAGACUAAAUCCGACUAAUUCAUACACCAGACCACGGUCAAAAUGCAGUUUUGAUCUCGGUCUUAUGAACUCUGUUAUCAAGGAAGUUACUUUGUAAAUGUUCGCAAUACUAUACAUUUAUAAACAGGGUCCGAUAUCUUUUUGACAGGUCUUAUAUCCCACUCAGCGGUCCAACAUCGACUUCUGGGCCGCUCAGUAAUAAUUGGAAUUAUAGAUCUUUUUUUAGUACAGAUUUAUAUAGGAAACGAUUUUUACAGGUACAACAGUGAGUAUAAUAACCGUGGGUCUCGACAUUAGCCUAGACAAAAAUAGUUUCUGCACUACAUUUGAAUUAAGCACAGGGUUAGACAAGUUCGAAAUUUCUUUCAAUACGGGCCAUUA